CGCAUGCGCUUUACAGUCGCCACAGUAUGACGAGUGCAGCACAGACUUCUCGCCAGAGAUGAAGACACCUCCUGACAGAUCGGGAAUCACCUUUGAGGUUGGAGCUCAGCUAGAAGCCAGAGACCGUCAGAAAAACUGGUACACAGCCACAAUUGAGAGGAUUGACUACGACAAAGAGCGUGUCUUGAUUCACUACAAACAGUGGAGCCGGCGCCACGAUGAAUGGUUUCAGUGGAACUCGCCGUACCUUCGGCCUCUUGAGCGAGUCAGCCUGAGGAGGCAGGGCCUGAACCCGCCACGAUCUCAACCGAUGUUUGUUUCAGGUUCAAAGGUUCUGGCCUGUUGGACAGACUGUCGUUUCUACCCAGCCAAAAUCCUCAGAGUCAACAAGGAUGAGUCCUACACAGUGCGUUUCUACGACGGCGUGGUUCGAACCGUGAAGCCGACCAAGGUCAAACCCUUUCAGGAAAAGUCCAGAUCAGAGAAGAGCGCCGUGGGAAGUGAGGGUUGGGAAGAAGGGGAGAGCGAGGAAGAGGAGGAAGACGAGGAGGAGGAGAUAGAAGGUGGAGUGAGAGAGGAGGAGGAGGAGAAAGAGGAGGAGAAAAAAGGGGAAGCGGUCGAGGAGAAGGUGGAGGAAAACGAAGGAGUGGGAGAGGAGAGGGAUGAGGAAAGGAAGAGGAAGGCAGAAUCUUCAUCCCAUCCACCAUCAAAGAAGAAAGCAAAUGACAGUGGUGGAGCUCAGAGUCAGCCAAUCACAGCUGACUCCACCCUGACAGUUCCUCCAAACCCCGCCCACAUUGACAGAGAUAUCCUGUUGGAACGUCAGGCCCAUCUGCCCACCACACACAAGUUCAGCAGAGAACCACUGUACAGGGUCAUAAAGAACCAGCCUCCUCCUAUUCUCUCCAUUGAGCUGGACCACAACCCCUUCAAAUGCCUGGCUCCCGGCUGCACUAAGUCCUUCAGAAAGGCUAGUCUGCUGCACUACCACAUCAAGUACUACCACACUGACCAGAGGCUGGAUGAGCAGCGAGGCAGCGAGCAGGAGGCAGCGAGAAGGAAGCGGUCUUCUUCUGAGGGGGGCGACUUCAUUUCAGACAGAAAGAGUGAGAGCCAGAACAGCAGCUGUCACCGUGACAACAGAGAGCCCAGCAUUGUGGGAACAGAAGUGAAGAAGGAUGGAGGGAAGGAGAAGACAGGAGGACAGGAUCGAAAGGAGAGGAAGAACUUCCUGAGAGUGAAACUAAAGAAGAAGAAAAAGAAGAAGAAGAAGAAGAAAAGUCAGCCAGGACUCGGCAGCAGCGAUGAUGAGAACUCAGACAGGCCUCCCAUCACUCUGAAGCUGACAAGUGGACACAACAGCACACACACACAACUGGAUGAUGGCAGUGAUUGGUCCACGCUAACAGCGGAGAGUGGAGAAGACACGCCCUCUUGGCCUGUCGCUAUGGAGACAGAAGAGUGUGAGGUGGUGAGGUGUGUUUGUGAAGUUGACGAGGAGAACGACUUCAUGAUACAGUGCGAGUCAUGUCUGUGCUGGCAACAUGGCACCUGUAUGGGUUUAUAUGAAGACAAUGUCCCACACAACUACAUUUGCUACUACUGCAGACAGACCGCAAGUUGGAGGCGGGCUCAGCGUGUCCUGUCUGAACCUGAUGUCCUGAUAUCUGGUCACAUGUUCGGCCUAUCGUGUGUAAAGGAGAACUACUCCGAGAUCAAUGCCUCUAAGAUUUCACACACCAGCCAUCUGCUGGCGCACAUGCACAACAUCAGCCAGGUCCUCAGUGGGCUGCAUCUCAAAAUCAGCCUGCUACACUCCCCAUCCCACCCUGACCUGCAGCUGUGGAGGUUGCCGUGGAGACAGGAAGAGGGGACGAGGCUGACGUUAAGCCCAAAAGGAGAGCCUCCCGUCUGUUAUGUCAGCAGCGAGCACUGCUACCAGAAGCCCGGAGCAUCCUGGGAAAAAGCUGAGGACAAGGAAGGGCUGAUGGUUGUAGUGAAGCAGGAACAAGACACUGAAGAGAAGGAAAUAAAUCCUGAGGACGUCAACAAGACACCAGCCAACGUCUCGGCAGGCACAAACAUGGUGACCCUCACAGAUGCAUACAGGGAUGGCAGCAUAAAGAGAGAGAACGCACAGCCAGAUGGUGUCGAACAUGCACACACUCAGACGUACACACAGGAGUCUCGUCCAGCACCUGUAGCCGAGUGUCAGCUCAACCUUCUGGACCACGUUGAGGCUCUUCACCACCAGAUCAGUGCCAGGAUGGAUCUGAUAGAGCGAGAGCUGGACGUAUUAGAGUCCUGGUUGGACCACUCAGGCGAGCUCGAGCCUCCUGACCCAUUGUCCCGCCUCCCACAGCUGAAACAGCGAGUCAAGCGGCUGUUGUGCGACUUGUGCAUCGUGAGACACCUGUCGGUCUGCCGCUGACUCUUUGCUCCUUAGACCCUACACUUUUGACCCUGCAGGCCUGAAGGAGCGAACUGACCGACUGACUGAAGAGAAAGACUCGUUGAGAGUGAGUCAAAGUGUGUGACGCUUCAAAGCUGGAAGGGAAACUGUGGUUUGUUUCUGCUUGAUUGUGGGACAGCGCCCCCUCUGGUGGAGAAAAACUCCUCUACAACAUGAAGUGCAUGAUGACAUUUUUCAUAAAGUGAUUGAAUGUGUGAUUUUCUUCUGUCAAAUUCCAAGAGGAAUGUCUCCCAAACAGCCUCCAGCAGGACACCAAAAUAUGUCCAGCCACAUGACAGGUAUGAAUAUUGAUUUGGAUGAGCUGUUGUCAGGACAGAAAAACUGAACUGAUCCGGAGCAAGUGUUAUCACUGAAUGUUGCCAUAUGUCAUCUUCCAGCAGCAAGCAUCAAAAUGUAAUAACUUUCAAUCACACGUAAAGAGUUUGGAUCAGCGUUUGAAGACAUGAGAAUUUACUUAAAACAUUUAUAGAGCGAUGCUUUUGUAAGUUUGAUAUUUCUCAAUGCAGAAAUGUUGUAAUUGUACUAAUGUUAGUACUAAGUAUUUCCUGUUUUUACAAAAAAAUAGAAUCUUUCUGAGAGGAUUUUAAGUUUGGGUCACACCAGAACACGUUUCCUCACGCAAUACAUGUUUUCUAGAAGUUUGGUGGCUGCUAACCGCCAGCCAGACUAGCGCUAGUUAGUCACAGUAGCUUGUUUUCAGGUUCAUUUUAUUCACUGAGAAGUUAGCGAAGUGAGGAGAAGCUGUCCAAGCCAACUAGUUAACUGCUAACAGUUUCCCUUAAGCCACAGUGAUAAAUCAUUUAGUCAUUGGCUAUUAAAUUCAUCACCAAGUAUUGUGAUAAUUGAUUAGAGUAAUUUUUUAAUAAAAAAAAAUUAUAUUCUUUGAUCUCUUAAUUCCAGUUAUGUAAAUGUGAAAUAUUUACUGGUUUCUUUCCUCACUUAAUACAGUAAACUGAAUAUCUUUGUUUUGUGGACAAAAGAAACUUGAGAAGAAACACUAAUCUUUUUUUUUUUUUUUUUUUUUACUAUUUUCUGACAUAUUAUAGACUAAACUACUAAUAGAUGAAUGGGAAAAAUAAUCAACAGAUUAUUUGACAAUGAAAGUAGUUCUUACUUGCAGCCCUACCGUUAAUGGCCUUGUUAGCUUACUCGUUAAUUUGACAAGAAGUUUGCACAGUUUAUUCAACCCUUAAAGGUCCAGUAUAUAGGAUCCAGUGGCAUCUAAUGGUGAGGUUCCAGAUUGCAGCAAGCUAAAUACCUUUUCUGAAAGGCUCUGCCUUGAGACAGUGUUUGUUUGUCUGUUUUGGGCUACUGUAUGAGGUGUAAUUAAAAACAUUAAGUACAUUUUCCUAUUAAAAUCAAAAAUUGUGCAUGGUUUAAAUUUG